GAGAAUCAAUUGGGUGUGUUUCUGUCAUGCCACGUGUCAGUUCAUUCAUUGUGUUUCUUACCUUCAUGGUGGCACUACUAGCAGUCAGUCAUGCUGCAGUUGUAUCUGGAUAUGACAAUAUUUAUCAAGUUCUCGCACCAAGAUUCCGACGUGCUCGUAUGAUGAGUUUCGACGCUGAAGCUCCACAAUACCUCCAACAUUUGCUCCAAAACCUAAAACCGCGCUUCAGAAGAUCCGUAUAAAUGAGAAAACUGUCAAAAGAGAACUUUUAUUCCAAAAAAAAAUCCUCCUCAUUCAUAUUUUUUGUGUGUUGUUAGUGGCUUACUUCCCCCGUUUUACUUAUCCUUCUCCUCAGAAUUCUCUCUUUUCUUCGGUUUCAUUUUCAUCAGAUUCUUCGGCGCAAAAAUCACAAAAAUAAAUACAUCUGAUUGUU